ACACAAGCGCCCACCUGCACCGGCCACGUUGCUCCGGGUGACCUUCCGUGGAUGCGGAGUCCGCCCCUGCGCGCGUCAGCCUCGGAUGCUCUGAAGGCCCGGGGAGCGCGCUCCGGCGGCGAGAGAUGCUCGGCUGCAUCCGCGCGGGGCUCGCCUUUGUUUGCGCCUAACGAGGAGGAGAAGGAGGAGGAGGAGAGGCCGCGGAGGCAACCGGGACUCAGCGUGGAGGUUCGUCUCUCCUUCGGGUCGGCACCUCUUCCCGGCUCCCAUGGGGACCACCGAGGCCACGCUCAGGAUGGAAAACGUGGAUGUGAAGGAAGAGUGGCAGGGCGAAGCGCUUCCCAGGCCGCUCCCGGAAGAGACGGGAUCAGACUCCCCCGGCAGCCCCGAGGCCGACGCGUCCUCCCCUCCCAACACGUUGACCUUCAACGGGGCCCAUCGGAAGCGCAAGACGCUGGUGGCGCCCGAGAUCAACCUGUCCCUGGACCAGAGCGAGGGCUCGCUGCUGUCCGACGACUUCCUGGACACGCCCGAUGACCUGGACAUCAACGUGGACGACAUCGAGACCCCCGACGAGACCGACUCGCUCGAGUUUCUGGGCAACGGCAACGAGCUGGAGUGGGAAGAUGACACGCCCGUGGCCGCCGCCAAGAACAUGCCCGGGGACAGCGCGGAUCUGUUCGGGGACGGCGCGGCCGAGGACGGCAGUGCGGCCAACGGACGGCUGUGGCGGACGGUGAUCAUUGGAGAGCAAGAACACCGCAUCGACCUGCACAUGAUCCGGCCCUACAUGAGGGUGGUGACCCACGGAGGGUACUACGGCGAGGGUCUCAAUGCCAUCAUCGUCUUCGCCGCCUGCUUCCUCCCGGACAGCAGCUCCCCCGACUACCACUACAUCAUGGAGAACCUCUUCCUGUACGUCAUCAGCAGUCUGGAGCUCCUGGUGGCCGAGGAUUACAUGAUCGUGUACCUGAACGGGGCCACCCCGCGGCGGAGGAUGCCUGGCAUCGGCUGGCUGAAGAAGUGUUACCAGAUGAUUGACAGGAGAUUGCGGAAGAACCUGAAGUCCCUGAUCAUCGUCCACCCGUCCUGGUUCAUUCGCACCGUGCUGGCCAUCUCCCGGCCUUUCAUCAGCGUCAAGUUCAUCAACAAGAUCCAGUACGUGCACAGCUUGGAAGGCCUGGAGCAACUCAUCCCCAUGGAACACGUGCAGAUCCCGGACUGCGUGCUCCAGUACGAAGAGGAGCGGCUCAAGGCCAGGAGAGAGAGCGCCAGGCCGCAGCCCGAGUUCGUCCUGCCCAGGUCUGAAGAGAAGCCAGAGGCUGCGCCGGCGGACGACAGGUCUGCUCUGGGCGCGGAGGACCAGGAAACGAGCAUGUCCUGAGGUGACGUGAGGACAGAGAAGGACACAAAGAAGAUUCCAGACGCCAAGAAACCUCUGUCAGACGCCCU